AUGGGGAGAAUUAAGAAGGUGGCUAGCCAAAAGCAUGAGGCUACAAUUUCGCCUUUCCUGGGAGAAUUCAUCGGCCGUGCGACUAGUCUUCCCGUUCCAGAGCUUCCUUCGCUCCUAAUCACAUUCCCUCGGCUAUGGCCUUUCCCCCGCGGCGAUCUAUACCACUGGAUCAACGUCUUGGACCGCUUCGAUGAGAUUCUGGCCUCCGUUAUCGACAAAUAUUUCCUUAACAUCGGCCCGCAGACACAAUCGUUCGGUCGAAGCGUUCUGGAGGAGUCAUAUGCCGCCGACCCAACGAAGACACCGGCAGAGGGCAUUGAUGCCAAGCUGAAUGCUUUGGGAUAUGGGCCCGAUGGAGACCGACAGUUGGCGGAGGCAAUUCUAGAGUUCUCGCGUGUGCUGCUCGAGAAAUGCGGCAAUCGAAGUCUUUACAGCAGCAGUGAACGUUUGGGUGACCUCUUGAACACUACCUCGCUGUCCCUCCUCCAAGCGACUCUACGCCUGUCCCUUUGUCUGGCUCAACGGUAUCACUCCCGCCAACGCGGCUCUCACCAGCAGACUCUAUUGGCCACUCAUUACAACAUCGAUUUGGAGAAACUCCAAAAAAUUGCUGCGCCUUUCCCACGCCCGUUAGUCGCGGGCAAAACGCCAUUUGCUGCAACUCCCGCUGUCUCCGGCAUGGGAACGGAAAAUGCUGUCCAAACCAAACUCAAUGCCAAUGAGUUCGCCUCGCUGGUUCGUGACGAUGAAGGCUGGGAAGAAUGGGGUAGCGUUCGUGUUCUCUACUACCCUUCUGGCCCCUCUGAGCAGACUCGAACGGCCUCCGAGUUUGGACAGGUAGACACCAUCCCUCAUGCGCCGACCACGCCGACCCCUCUCCGGCGUAGUGCCACACAUCCUACUCCGCGCCCAAGCCGCGCCUCUAAUGUGGAAGAAUCUCCCACAGUCGCGCCUAAUACCGUUGGGAAACCGGAUGAACCGUCUCGCAGUGGGAAAGUCCUAGACCUGCCAUUCUCGAAGGUUUCCUCCAGCAAAGCCGAGGAUCUCCUUGCCACGAACCUCCCUCAUCUGCCUUUGGAGUCAAAGUACGAGCUUCUUCAUAAGGUUCGUGUUGCGCAGGCAUUGACCGACUCGCGUGCCGCCCGUGAACAGAUACUUGCCAUUCGGAUCCUGGCAGUGACGAACCUCGCCUACGUUAAUACCGAAGCCACAUUCCAACAGAAGGUCCUUCAAUAUGACAUGGAACAAUCCAAGCGUCUACAAUUGACCUACCAGUUGGCUGAACUUGUUCAUCUAGGUGCUAGUGGUGACCUUGAAGUAUCAAGAACGGCGCAGGCCUUGGCUCUCCAGGCGCUUGAUGCGCUUGCCAAACACAAAGCACGCGCUAAUGACGUCUGUGCUGCUAUGAGUGUCAACGUCAACCACGGUGUUCUGAUGUUCCUAACCCGCAAGGUCGUCAAUGAACUAGGUGCUGAGGAGGGUAACACGAACGAUCCUUACCAUGAUGAAUGGAGAGAUGCUCUGCUUGCUCUUUUGCGCACGCUUCCCAGCUCAAGCUCCCGAACUCCAGAGACUCUCGUCGCUGCGGGUCUUAUUCCUCUGUUUGUGGACAUCCUUAAUCUCCGAACAGAGAAAGCUCGCCGAGUUUACUCUCGGGUCAUGGAAUUCCUUGACACCUUUGUCCAUGCUGUCCGGGAUGCACUGGGUACUUUGACUACGGCUAAGGGCUUCGAUGCUAUCUCCGAUUUGAUCGACUACGAGACCAAGACUGCAUUCGAGAAGGUCUCUCGUGGAGAUGGAUUUCCCGCACAGUACAAGAACCCAUCCAUUGAUUACCAGAUCCCCUAUUUCCAACAGCAGACCUUGCGUUGGAUGUUCCGCUUUGUUAACCACAUCAUGCAGCACAACGGUGGUGGCUUUGACCGCGUGCUGCGGAAUCUCAUCGACUCUCCUCAGCUGCUGACCUCCCUGCGGCUGGUCUUUGAGAACGCUCGAAUCUUCGGGUCGCACGUUUGGAGCAAUGCUGUGAAUAUUCUUAGCAGCUUCAUCCACAACGAGCCAACGAGCUACGCUGUCAUCGCUGAAGCUGGUCUCAGUCGAAGUCUGCUGGCCGCCGUCAUGGGUCGAGAGCUCCAGGCCAAGGAAAAGCCGCCUGCCGUGGAACCUCAGGAUGCGGAACCCCAGGAAGGCGAGUCUUCCGCUCAAGCGCCUACUGCUGUGCCUCCUUCCCCUGUGGAGGAAAAGAAGAAGGACCGGGAAUACGUUCUUGCCAGGUCCAAGGGCUCUCCUCUUGCACCAGGUAUUAUCGCAGCCGCCGAUGCCCUUGCUUGCAUUCCCUCAGCAUUCGGCGCUAUCUGCUUGAACUCCUCAGGGUUGGACCUCUUCCAGUCUUCUGAUGCCCUCGAGAGCUUCUUCGAGAUUUUCGAGAACCCCGAACACGUCAAGUGCUUGAAGGAUGAUCCCAACUUGGUUCGUUCUCUUGGUACAACUUUUGAUGAACUUGUUCGUCACCACCCAGCCCUGAAGACCUCUAUCAUGACUGCCGUUCUUGUAAUGGCUGCUCGUGUGAACCUUCUCGGCAAGGUCAAGGCUUGGGAGUUGGGAAUGGGCUCCAAGCUCUGGCAAGAGGAUGCUGAUGGUCAAGUUGUCCUUUCUGGAUAUGUCUUUUCUCUGUUCCGUGAGAUCGGUACUCCUGACGAUGCUUCAACGGAAGCCCUGGCGGCUGUUGGCGCUCCCUACCUGAAUGCUCAUUCCCUUCCAAAUGGCGGGAAGCUUGUUCUGGGUGAUGUCAAUCAGCUACUCCCGUCCCCACAGGCUGGCUUCGAGCCGAAAGACAAGGAUGAGCAUGGUCUCACUGUCACAGACUAUCUCUUCCCCGCCAUUCGAUUCCUGGGCGCCUUUUUCGAGAACCAGCCGAAUUGCGCUUCCUUCAUUCUCGCUGGUGGAGCAGAAUUCAUUCUGGACUAUGCUACCCUUCAAAGCUUGCCAUUUGAUUUCCAUAACACGGAGGCUAACCAAGAACUUACGGUUCUGGUGCAUAUGCUUGCUGAGACGAAGCCGCACCUGAUCCUACCAUCUAUAAUGCAACGUGCCCAGUCGGCAGUCGACAACCUUGAGGCCUUUUGGACUGCACCCAAAGAGUCCGGGUUCUUCACGCCGUUGGUCAAGCCGAUUGACUCGAAGGCGCCGGCACCAGAGCCCACCCCCGCUGUCAAUCAUGGCACGUUCUUCGUCAAGCAUAUGAAUGCCGUUCUGGUGCUCACAGACCUGCUGCGCGAGAUCUAUGCUAUGCCUCUGUAUCAGACGCGAUCUACGACACUGAACUAUCCUUUCAGCCAGGUCGUCCUUGCAGACAAGUAUGCUGCCCUGGUUGCUUCCCUUGGUAACCUUCACGCUGCCUGCGUCUGGGAAGAGAUCAUACUCGAGAAAAACAUCCCCGAGAAAUGGCUCCAGGCCAUCAAAAAUCCUGCGGACAAGACCGGCGUCAAUCCUGCGACUGGAGCUAACCAGGCGAACUCAUCUGAGGCCCCUGCUAUCUCCGGAACACAGGCGGAAGGCUCAGGUGCAACUGAGGCUAGCCAGGCCCCCGCCGCAGAAGAGCCCGAAAGUGAGGAGAGCAAGGCGGCGACCGAGCGGAGCGCUGCUUUCAAGAAUGUUCAAACCCUCCGUUAUCUUUUGAGCUCCCUGCCUAGCUCAAUUACCGGCUUCUUCCACAAUCUGGGCCUGGGUCUUAUCACCCGAAAGCGUAUGGAGAACAGCCAUACCGCGAGGCAGAACUCGAACAUGGUGGCUGAUGCUAUUGCUGAUGCCGUGUUGCGCCAGCUUCAAUUUGGCCCCGCCAAUUCGUGUGACAGCUCAAAGCAUCGUUUCGCCUACCUUAUUGUCAUUCUUUCCUCGUUCUCGCAUCUGCUCUACGAGGUCACUCCCGAACGUCCCUCAAAUAACUACCUCACCCUCGUUCUCCUUGCAUUCAAGCGAAACAAUGGAUUAAAGGUAUUGAAGGAAAUUUGCGAUGUCUUCAUGCGAGAAGUCAAGGCUCUCGAGCCAGUCCAAAAUGAUCCCGAGAAGUCCAACAAAGAAUUGGCUGAUCGACUCACUUCCGCCUACGGUGGUAUCAAGAUUAUCCUUGCGCUGUUCUCUGAACUCGCCUCUGGCAAGAAUAUCAUGGAGUCCAACCAGACACAAGCCCUCGCAAGUCACCAUGAUCGUGAUCGUGAUCGCCAUGAAUACUUCCAGGCCGGCCAGUUCAUCGUCGACCUUCGCAUGGAAAUCCUUCCCAUAGCCCAGGACAUGUGGAACUCGGAGUUUGCGACUCAGUCUUCAAGCAAGAUUGUCAAGUGCUUGGUUGACAUUCUUCGAUCAUCGCUGGACGGAGAGCAUGAGCAAGGCGCCGCACACAAGUCGGAUGUCGCUCCUGCUGUCACGGAGGCUGUCAAGAAGCCCUUCAUGAUCAACAAGGACAGACUGGCAACUCUGACCGGAAAGGGUUUCGAAGACGCUGAGCUGAACCACGAGGCGUUGUACCGCUGCAACAACAAUGCCAAUUAUGCAGAGGAAUACUGCAAUGCUCGAACCUUCCUCCGAUCUCCUCCCAGAGUUCCUCCUGGCCAUGGUGAUGUUCAGACUGGACCUCCCGAGGCUGCCUCUGGUGCCGAUGGUCCUGAAGACGGUGGUCUCGGGGACGUCACGCCUCUCGACCGGGGAAUGUUGGACCAGGGCGGCCUUGCCAUGCUCUUGGCUCAGGCAGGACGUCCUGUGUCCGAUUCUAUGAACGAUGACGACGACUCUAGUGCCAUGCGCGAUGGCCUGGCCCGUGCAAUCUCCAAUGUUCUGAACGACGAAGCGGGUAUGCUUCGUGGUGAAGACGGGCCUCUUUUCCUCACCGAACGUGAGCGCCAGCGCCAGCGCCGUCGAGCCCAGGCAAACGCUGAGUCUGCCGACCAGCAGUCCUCGAGCGCCAGUCAACCCCAGAGGGAGGACCAGAGGGAAGAGCCAGUCGAACGACGCCAGCUGGUUACUAUCGAGGACCUGAACGCGGAGAGAGAAAAGGUUCGAGCUAAUCUCAUUGAGCGAUCCUUGGAUGUUCUGAACGAGCACCAUGACGUGUCGUUCGAGCUCGCCGAUUUGAUUAGCUCUGCGAUCAAGAAUCACCCUGAGCCUGAAAGCUUCCGACGUGAUAUCGGUGAAACUCUUGUUCAGUCACUCGUUUCCUUGCAGAUGGAGAACUUCCAGACCGCUGGCAAGAAGGUCGCUGCCUAUGCGCACAUUCUUGCUUUGGUACUCCAAGAUUCGAAAAUGUACACUGCGACUCUGGAAGAGCUGAAGGAUUGCUUCUCGACGUUCCUGAGCUUCAUCAAGCUCCCCACCCCCGAGAAGUCUGCGGGUGAAACCUUCCCUUGGAUCGGCCCUGUUUUGCUCAUCCUCGAGAAGUUGUUGUCUGAUGAUUGUCAACCACCGCAAAUCACUUGGUCUCCGCCUAGCCUUGAGGAUCCUCAAGGUGGUAAUUACGGCCCCGCUCACCUUGCUGAGCCCCUUGUGUCUCUCGACCAGAAAACGGAGUUGUUUGAGGCUUUGGUGGAGAUUUUGCCUCGAAUUGGCAAGGAUGAUGGUCUCGCGCUCUCCAUUUGCCGAAUGCUGGUCAUUCUUACCCGCCAGCGAAGCAUCGCCGUCCGUUUCGCGCCCAAGCGGAACUUGCAACGUCUCUUCCUCAUGGUCAAGCAAUUGUCCAAUGCAUCCAACGAGAAGCUUCAAAGUGCCUUCAUGUUGAUCUUGCGACACAUCGUCGAAGACGAAGCUACGAUUCGACAGAUCAUGACCGCGGAGAUCGUGGGCAAUUUCGAGAGCAAGCCUUCUCGCCAGAUCGACGCAGCCGGCUAUGUGCGACAAAUGUAUCAUCUUGUUCUCAGGAAUCCCGAAAUCUUUGUGGAGGUCUCCAACGAGAAGUUGCGCUUGGUCAGGUAUGACGCUGGCCAUCGCACGCAAGCUCUCGCAUUGAAGGAAGACCGUAACGCUCGCCAGCGUCAAGACAAGGAGGACAAGAUUCAAGAGCCAUCCGCGGCCGAAGCAUCUUCGACUGCAGAGGACAAGGAGAAGGAGAAGGACAAGGCUGCCGAAAUGAAGCCUCCUGUUGUGGAGAACCCAGAUGGUGUUAUUCACUACCUGCUCUCUGAGCUCCUGUCUUACAAGGAUGUGGAUGACAAGGAAACUCCAACGGCUGAAUCCACUGAACAACCCGCUCAGGACCAGUCCGAGCUCCCAACCGAUGUCGAGAUGGCCGUGGAUGAGCCCACUCCGUCGGUGACCAGCAGUGCUGAUGCUCAGACUAGUCGUGCCCCCAAGAAGGGUGAGAAGCCGUCAUUCGACGCCAAGGAUCACCCGAUCUACAUCUACCGAUGCUUCCUCCUUCAAUGCCUGACUGAGCUUCUUGGCUCCUACACUCGCGCCAAGGUCGAGUUUAUCAACUUCUCUCGCAAAGCCGAUCCUCUCGCUAGCACUCCUUCCAAGCCUCGAUCUGGCAUUCUCAAUUACAUGUUGAACGCGCUGGUUCCCCUUGGUACCAUGGAACAUGAUGAAUCGUUGGCUUUCAAGAAGCGCAACAUCACCUCCUCCUGGACCAUGCAGGCACUCGUGGCACUUUGCACCAAAACCUACGAACUGCCUGGAAGACGCCGCAACGAACCGAAACCAACGGAGGAAGAUGAACCCGAAGUUGCCUUCGUCCGCCGCUUUGUCUUGGAGCAUGCUCUGCGGUCCUUCAAGGAAGCUAAUGCCUCAACGGAUCCCCUGGACGUCAAAUAUUCCAAGCUCAUGUCCUUGGCCGACCUGUUUGAUAAGAUGCUCAGUGGGUAUUCUUUCUCACAGGAUGCUGGGUUCCCCAACUCGGCAAGACAAAUCGCCAAAGCCAUGUUUGAGAAACAUUUCAUUCCUGCGUUGACCGCCUCGGUUGCCGAGAUUGACUUGAACUUCCCUUCUUCUAAGCGGGUUAUUAAGUAUAUCCUGCGCCCAAUCAACAAGCUCACGCAAACGGCUGUGAUGCUUAGUGACAACGGGGAGAUUUCUACUGCCAGCUCUGGUGAAACCGAGGAUGAUGAAAUCUCGUCCGCCACCUCCGUCUCGGAUAUGGAAGACGAGCGGGAGGAAACUCCUGAUCUUUUCCGCCAUUCCACCCUUGGCAUGCUGGAGCCCCGCCACGAGGAGGAAACCAGCUCCGAGGAAUCCGAGGGCGAAGACGAUGAAAUGUACGAUGAUGAAUAUGACGAUGAGAUGGACUACGAUGAGGAUGUCCCUGAGGAUGACGGUGAAGUCGUCAGCGAUGAAGAAGAUAUGGGCCCCAUCGAAGGUCUCCCCGGCGAUGCAGUCGAAGUCAUCAUCGAUGAUGAGGACGAUGAAGACGAUGACGACGACGACGAGGAUGACGACGACGACCUUGAUGACCACUCGGAAAUGGAGGAAGAUGAUGACAUCUACGCUGGAGAAAUUACAGGCGAUCGCGACAAUGAGAGCCUUGACGACGGCGAAGAUGAUGAGUGGGAAAGCGACGAGAUCACCGAAGAUGAAGAAGAGGCCGAGAUGAUGAACCAGUUCGAAGAUGAGCUGGCUGACAUGCGUCAAGCCAACCGGUCCGGCGAUGCACACAAUCGCAUUGACGAGCUAUUCCGUGCUCUCAACCAGGCUACUGGUGACGAUGAUCUUCACGACCAUGGUCUGGGCGGUGAUAUCCACGAUGAAAUCCUUGAUGAUCUGAACGAGGAAGGUGGUGCGUCAUUAUCCUGUUCCUUCCUACACCCCCUCUUUGCUAAUCCACGAAACGUAGAAGAGGACGAGAUGGACGAGCUUGAGGAAGAAGCUGACGAUUACGAUGAAUACGACAUGGAUCAUGGGUCUGAAGGCGACAUGGAAGAUGACGACCUUUUGGAGCCUUGGGGCUGGGAGGGCGAUGAGGCCCCGCCACCUCGACACCAUCAUCACCGUAUGCGCGGUGGUCCACCCUCCGCCUGGGCUGCUGUCACUGAAAUCAUGCCUGGUCGCCAUGGUGGUCUCGUUCCGAUUCAGCCCUUCCACCGGGUUCACAGAAACCAGGUGCCUUCUCGCGGUAACGACGAUGGCACCAACCCUCUCCUUGUCCGAGACGACCGUGCUGCCGAUGCUGCUGCUCAUCUGCGGGCGCCCGGUGCGGAUAUGUUUGCGGACUGGGCUCAAAUGGAAGGCGGCGGCAACCGUUUCGUUCAAUUGGACAGUCCUAUGGGCUUCAUGAAUGCUAUCAUGGCCGCCAUCGCCCCCGGAAUGGGAGUUGUUUCUCGUGCAGAUGGUAUCCACGUCCACGUUGACCGGCGAUCAAUCCUGCCUAACCGUCUUAGCGACUUGUUCGCCAGCGCUCAGCAACAGACGUCGCAAUCGCGCCGCAAUGAUCCCCACAAUGCAGUCAAAUUCAACUUGUCGACGACUAGGAAUCGUUGGCAGGAAGAAGCUCGUAUUCUCUUCAGCGGCACCUAUUCAGAGAAGAGCAUGCGUGUCAUCAACUCAUUGCUGAAGGUCAUGGUCCCUCCCGCCAUCGAAGAGGAGAAGCUGCGCAAGAAGCAGCUCGAAGAAGAGAGGAAGCGUGCCGAACAGGAGCGGGCUGAGAAGGAACGCAAGGAGCAGGCCGCUCGUGAAGAAGAAGAGCGCGAGCGCAAGCGCAAGGAAGAAGAGGAGAAUGCGCGCCGCCAGGCUGAGAGAGAACAGCAGGAAGCUGAGCGCCAAGCUGCUGGAAUCGCUGAGCCCAUGGAAGACAUUCAGCAAACCGAUACCGCAGCUGAAGCUGCCAGCGCUGCCCAGCCUGAAGCUGCCCCUGCCGAGCCAGUCCAACGUGUUCACACUACCAUUCGCGGUCGCCAGCUUGAUAUCACUGGUCUGGAGAUCGACCCAGAGUACCUGGAGGCGUUGCCAGAGGAGCUCCGGGAAGAGGUGAUCAUGCAACAACUUGCCGAGCAGCGAUCUCAGGCUGCUGCCGCCGGCGAGGAGCCCACUGAGAUCAACCAGGAAUUCCUGGAAGCCUUGCCCGCAGAGAUCCGCGACGAAUUGCUGCAACAAGAAGCGGCUGAUCGGCGCCGACGGGAACGUGAAACUGCACGCCGUCAAGCUAAUACUGGUGGUGCCCCGCCUCGCGCCGAGGAAAUGGAUGCUGCUAGUUUCCUCGCCACCCUCGACCCUUCUUUGCGCCAAGCUGUUCUGGCAGACCAGCCCGAGGAUGUACUUGCAACCUUGGGUCCCGAGUACCUGUCUGAAGCUCGGGCAUUGGGUGGCCGCCGAAUUGCCCAAUUUGGUGACAUUACCGCAGCUGGAAUGGAGCAUCGCCCUCGAGGCGGCGAGGCUGCUGGCGAUCUGGAGGCUAAGAAGAACCAGAGACGACCGGUUGUUCAAAUGCUGGACAAGGCUGGUGUUGCAACUCUGCUUCGCCUGAUGUUCAUGCCUCUCCAGGGUAACGCACGUCAUUUGCUCAACGACAUUCUGCACAACGUUUGUGAGAACCGCCAGAACAGAAGCGAGGUUAUCAGCCUGAUUCUGUCCGUUUUGCAAGAUGGCAGCGUUGAUUCUUCCGCUAUCGAGCGAAGUUUCUCGCACUUGUCUCUCCGCGCAAAGGCUCCUGGUGCUCAGAAGACUCCCCAGUCUACUAAGCGCAAUAUCUCCCUGCAGACAUCCUCAAGUAUCAGCAGCGAGGUUACUCCGAUCAUGGUGGUACAGCAAUGCUUGGCUACGCUUUCCUUCCUCUCUCAGUUCAAUCCUCAUAUCCCUUGGUUCUUCCUGACCGAGCAUGAUUCGGCUUCAGCUCUCAAGCUGAAGGCCUUGCGCAAGGGUAAGGGCAAGGAGAACCGUGCCAACAAGUUCGCGCUCAACGCGUUGCUUUCUCUCCUGGAUCGCAAGUUGAUCAUGGAUAGCCCGAACUGUAUGGAGCAGCUGUCUAAUCUGCUGAGCACCAUCACCCAGCCGCUUACUGUCCUCCUCCGCCGGGAGAAGGAGAAGCAAGAUGAGCAAGACAAGGGCAAGAAACCCGAGGGUGCCCCAGCUGAGGCGGCGGUUGAACAGCCACCUGCCGAAGCUACCGAGCCUAGUGCCGAUACUACUAUGACCGACGCUCCUCUGCCCACCGUUGAGAAUGCUGAGGAUCAAGGUACCACUGCUGAGAGUGAGGAGCCUAAGGGUGACAAGAAGCCUGGCGAUGAGCAACCGGCUGAAGAGAAGCGCAAGCGCCGAUCCAUUGAGCCUCCUGUCGUUCCUGACCACAAUUUCCGAUUGGUUGUCCACAUCCUUGCAGCUCGUGAAUGCAAUGGAAAGACUUUCCGUGACACUUUGUCCACCAUCAACAACCUGUCGGUUAUCCCUGGAGCUCGGGAUGUCAUUGGUGAAGAGCUCGUUGCUCAAGCGCAGACUCUUAGCGACACCAUCCUGGCUGAUCUUGGAGAACUUCUUCCCCAUAUUCACCAGGCCAAGACUGGUACCGAUAUGCAAGGUCUGGCUCUGGCGAAGUUCUCCCCAGCCAGCUCCGAUCAGGCCAAAUUGCUCCGUAUCCUCACGGCCCUCGACUAUCUCUUCGAUCCUUCCCGCAUUGACAAGUCCAAGGUCCCAGAACCUGAGGCUGCGCCCAAGGAGGAUGUGCUCAAGAGACUCUAUGAGAGUGCUACUUUCGGCCCCCUGUGGACCAAGUUGAGCGAUUGCUUGACUGUCAUUCGACAAAAGGAGAACAUGCUGAACGUGGCUACCAUCCUCCUGCCGUUGAUCGAAGCAUUGAUGGUUGUCUGCAAGAACACCACCCUCAAGGAUCAGCCUCUUUCUCGUGGUAGUCGCGAGCUAUCUGUCAAUAGUUCUUCGGCCGAUGCUGGUCUGAGCAUGGAGAAUCUCUUCUUCAAGUUUACCGAAGAGCACCGCAAAAUACUCAAUGAGCUUGUCGGCCAGAACCCUAGGCUGAUGAGUGGCACUUUCUCUCUGCUUGUGAAGAACCCCAAGGUUCUUGAGUUUGACAACAAGCGCAACUACUUCACUCGUCGUGUGCACUCUCGUGGUGCGGAGCCUCGCCACGCCCAUGCUCCUCUUCAGCUUUCUGUUCGCCGAGACCAGGUCUUCCUUGACUCGUUCAAGUCUCUGUACUUCAAGAGUGCAGAUGAGCUCAAGUAUGGCAAGCUGAACGUGCGAUUCCAUGGAGAAGAAGGUGUGGACGCCGGCGGUGUGACCCGUGAAUGGUUCCAGGUCCUCGCUCGUGGCAUGUUCAACCCCAAUUAUGCACUCUUCAUCCCCGUUGCCGCCGACCGGACUACAUUCCACCCCAACCGUCUCAGUGGUGUCAAUUCCGAGCAUUUGAUGUUCUUCAAAUUCAUUGGACGGAUCAUCGGCAAGGCCUUGUACGAGGGUCGCGUUCUGGACUGCCACUUCUCCCGUGCUGUCUACAAGUGCAUUCUCGGACGCACCGUGUCUAUCAAGGACAUGGAGACGCUGGAUCUGGACUACUACAAGUCCCUGCUUUGGAUGCUGGAGAAUGACAUUACCGACAUCAUCACCGAGAACUUUGCCAUCGAGACUGAUGCCUUUGGCGAGAAGCAGGUAAUCGACCUGAUCCCCGAUGGUCGCAACAUUCCAGUCACCCAGGAGAACAAGGAGGAGUACAUCCAGCGCGUGGUCGAGUACCGCCUGGUAGAGUCUGUGCGGGAGCAGCUUGACAAUUUCUUGAAGGGCUUCCACGAGAUUAUCCCUCCAGACUUGAUUUCCAUCUUCAACGAGCAGGAACUGGAGCUUCUGAUCUCCGGUCUGCCCGACAUUGAUGUGGACGAGUGGAAGAACAACACCGAGUACCACAAUUACUCCGCCUCGUCCUCGCAAAUCCAGUGGUUCUGGCGUGCUGUUCGCUCCUUUGAUAAGGAAGAGCGUGCCAAGCUGCUUCAGUUCGUCACCGGUACCUCCAAGGUCCCUCUUAACGGUUUCAAGGAGCUUGAGGGUAUGAAUGGUGUGAGCAAGUUCAACAUCCAUCGCGACUAUGGCAACAAGGAUCGCCUGCCUAGCGCGCACACAUGCUUCAACCAGCUUGAUCUUCCAGAAUAUGAAAGCUAUGAAGAUCUCCGCCAGCGCCUCUACACCGCGGUGACAGCUGGUAGCGAGUACUUCGGUUUCGCAUAGACGGGGCUAUCUCUACAUGCUUAAUUUAUGCGAAAGCAUUGAAUGGCGUUUUCUCUGGGAUUGUUAGUGGAGGAAAGCGAAGUGGAAUGGAAGAGACGAAGGUUCAUGAAAACUGUGGCUUUGAGCGUCUGGUUGAAGUGCAGGUCAACUGGUUGCUUGGGGUCUUUUUUUUCUUUCUUUUUUUGUACGUACUUAGAUUGCUGUAUGCUCUUACGGGAAUAUCCACAUUAGUUGUUUCUGUUUGUUAAA